CCUCCGCUGCUCUCAUAUCGGCUCGAGUUGAGUCGAGCUGCUGCGCGUCUGAAGGCUCCAGUCGGCGACCGCGCCGGGACUCCGCGGCUCUCCAAACUGCGCACGGCGCCUCAGCGGGACCGCGACGACGCGUAACCCCGCCACGGAGCUCUGGCGUCGGGUUGAAUUCGGCUACGCAGGAGGGGAAAGUGGUGAUUUUUUAUUUUUUCUACUUCUGCUAUUUUUCUUGACUUUCUCUAGCUCGAAGUGCCGCCGCGCCUGAUGCACCGAUGGAAUGGUUUUAUUUAACGGGAUUACCUGUUCUCUGAGCUCCGGUUGUCGAUCCAUCCGCCAGGCUGUGACACCCCCGGCCGGUCCCGUCCAAGGGGGGGUCGCCCGUCCCUCCCUCGCCGCCCCCUGCACCUCUUCUUCUCCCUCCGAGCUCCAGCGCUGGUUCAUAUGAGUGCAGCGUUCAGCCCGUCCUUCAUGGUGAUGCAGCGGCCACUCGGAAGCACCACUGCCUUCAGCAUCGACUCUCUGAUCGGGGGGCCCCCGCAGCCCAGCCCGGGACACUUCGUCUACACUGGCUACCCCAUGUUCAUGCCGUAUCGGUCAGUGGUGCUCCAGCCGCCGCCGCCGCCGCCCCCGGGCCUCCAGCAGGCUCUGCCGACCGGCCAUCACCCGCACCACCAGAUCCCCAGCCUGCAGAGCGGCUUCUGCUCCAGCCUGGCGCAGGGCUUGACGCAGGGCAUGGCGCUCACCUCCACGCUCAUGGCGUCGCUGCCCGGCGGCUUCUCCCCGUCCGGCCAGCAGCACCAGGAGGCGGCCAGGAAGUUUGGCUCGCAGGCUCUGCACGCCGUCUUCGACAAAACUCAGGACAUCCGGCUGGACGCGGAUGACGGGAAGAGCUUCCUGCAGGGGAAGGAGUCCGCGGCGCUGCAGGCUUUCCACGAGUCGGACACGCCGGUGCAAUCAUCCACAGUCAGAGCACACAGUAAAGAAGACCCCAAGGAGGACGAGUGCGCCAGGAAGGACGAGAGCUUCUCCAUGGACAGUGACUUGGACUACAGCUCGGACGACAACCUCACCUCCAUGUGUCCCAAGGAGGACGGGGAGGGCGGCGGCGGGAUGGACGACGGCCCGCACGGCUCCUCCUCCGGCGGGCCGGGCUCCGGCGGCACCGGCACGGGCGGCAAGAACCGGCGGCGGCGGACGGCCUUCACGAGCGAGCAGCUGCUGGAGCUCGAGAAGGAGUUCCACUGUAAGAAAUACCUCUCGCUAACCGAACGCUCCCAGAUCGCGCACGCGCUGAAGCUGAGCGAGGUCCAGGUGAAGAUCUGGUUCCAGAACCGGCGCGCCAAGUGGAAACGGGUCAAGGCCGGCAACGUCAACAACAAAACCGGGGAGCCGUCCCGGAACCCCAAAAUAGUCGUUCCCAUCCCGGUGCACGUCAGCCGCUUCGCAAUAAGGAGUCAGCACCAGCAGCUGGAGCAGGCCAGACCGUAGAAGAAGACGAGAGCGCACAGAGACUCCACGCUGCGAAAUAAUGAUCCGUAGAACAAGUCACCCGGUCCCGAUUUGUUGUCAUUAAAAAUAUUAUUUGGGCUGAUUUGUGAUGAACAAAUCUCACCUGCACUGACAGAUUUUUUAAAGAUCAAAUUUAUGAAAUGACUUGCUAAGAUGGCCUUUUACUUUGCAAUGCACUUAAAAAAAAAACUCUUAACAAGUCAUUUAUUAAAUAAUCAUUUGCAUAGGAGACAA